AUGACGUCAGAGACAAAAGCACAGCUCAAGUUUGAUAAAACCAUUAUUUCUUCCUCGGAGCAAUUAAUCUCGACUUCCACUUUGUUAGAUCGUAUAGCAGAAUUACAUGAUGAACUUUCUGCUUUAAACCAGGAAUCCAUUGACUUGUCCAGUCUUGAUCGGUAUCGUGAUGAUCUGAUUAACAGGAAAUUACUAAAACAUAAGGAUACUGGUGUCAGAGCUUUUGUUGCCUGUUGCAUUAGUGAUAUCUUAAGAUUAUACGCACCCGAUGCUCCUUAUACUGACACGCAACUAACAGAUUUCUUCAAAUUAGUAUUGGUACAAUUUCAACAGUUAGGCGACCCAGAAAAUGGUUAUUACAUUCAACAGAAAUACUUAGUACUCAAACUUUUAGAGUAUCGUUCAAUUGUUUUAAUUGCAGACUUACCUACCUCCCAUAAAUUAAUUGAAGAAUUGCUCAGCAUCUUUUAUAAUGAAUCCUUACAUUUUGAUACUGCCUUGUAUAAUAUAAUGGGUGGGAUAUUGGGUGAAGUUAUUUCUGAGAUAGAUUCCGUACCUAUGCCUGUCUUAAAAAUUAUAUUCAACAAAUUUUUAACUUAUAAUCCAGAUGAAUUACCUCAAGGGUUAGCCGUUGCAUCUAAUUGUGGGUACGAAUUAAGUUUAUUGCUAUGUAACAAUUACACAAGUAGAAUGAGCAGACAAUUGACUAGGUAUUAUUCUGAAAUUCUUUAUAGCGUUACUAAUGAUAAGAAUGAUCAACACAGUUAUGAAGCUAAUAUUAAAUUGAGUAGAACAAUCGAAAAACUUCAUAAAUUAGUAGUAAGGUUAUGGGAAACAGUCCCUGAUAUGGUUGCAUCGGUAAUGGGCUUUAUCUAUCAUGAGUUGUCAUCACAAGAUGAGAUUGUUAGAAAAUUAACUACAAAAUUAGUAGCUCAGUUGUUAGUCUCCAAAUCUGAUAUAAACUUUGUUACUACCCAGGAAGAUACGUUUAAAGCAUGGCUGUCUAAGAUUGCAGAUGUGAGUCCCGAAGUUAGAAUUGAAUGGAUCAAAUCCAUUCCAAAAAUUAUUAUGAAGAGGGAAGAUAUUUCAGAUGCCAUCGGUAAAGGUCUCGCUAAAACUUUCAUUGAUGCAGACUAUCGUGUCCGAAAACUAUCUGCACAAGUAUUUGACGAAGUCCCUGUAUCUCAAAUAUGGAGAACUAUCAAAGAAGCCUCAGUUUAUACAUCGUUAUUACAUUUGACCAGGGAGAAAAAUAGAGAAGUUAGAGAACUAUGUAUUAAAGCUGCUGCUAAUUUUUACUCUAAAUCGGUCGAUACGGUGGAAAAGACUUCAGAUAACGAAGAUAUUUGGGAUAUCGUGGAGAACAUACCAAACACCAUGUUCAAUUUGUAUUAUAUCAAUGAUUUCAACAUCAAUGAGCAAGUAGAUCAUAUGAUAUUCGAAUAUUUAUUGCCUCUUGAAGUUGAUGAUACUAAGAGAGUCAAUAGAUUGAUAACGGUAAUGUCACAUUUUGAUGACAAAGCAUAUUCAUCCUUUUUCGCUUUCAAUAAAAGACAAAUACAGAUGUCGUUAGCACUUCGCAAAUAUGUUGAAUUUUGCCAAAUUCUAAAUAAUGAUAAUUCAACUAAUAUCGAAGGGAACAAUAUGAAUGAUGAGGAUAAUCACCACAAUAUUACAGAAAUUACAAUUAAGUACCACAGGACUAUUGAUUGGCUAUCUUCAAGUAUGGCAGAGUCCCAAAAAGUGUCUGAAUCCUUAGAGAUCCUGAAAAAAAUGAACGAUCCAAGGAUAUUUUUCUUAAUAAAGAGUUGCAUUGCCACUGAAGUUCCUAUUAUAACUUUAAAGAACUGUUUCAAAGAAUUAUUCAAUAAAUUACGUGAUUCGGGUCUUUUCAGAAGAUAUAACAUUCCUACAAUUUCAACAAUCAUGCCAAGAGACCUGGCGUCACACAUUGAGGUUAUUUUAUAUAGGUCAGCUCCAUUAAUAUACAAUGUAUCAAAUGUAGCAAUGUUCCUUAAUCUUUCAAAUAAGUACAACACUGAAGAAAUCGAAUUAAAGAGAAAGUUGCUUGAUGAGGUUUCUAGAGUUAAUCCAUCCUUAUUCAAGGAUCAAAUAAGAACGUUGAAAGAUAACGUAAAGGAAUUAGACAUAUCCGGGGAUAGCUCGAAAAAUGAUAUUUCAACAUUGAGCGAAACUUUGAAAACUCUCUAUAAGAUCUCAAAGGCAUUACAAGAUCAAGUUGAUUUUGAUUCUUUUUUCCUCUCAAAGCUUCAUGAUUUUGCCAUAGAGGGUAACCCUAUAAUAUCCAAAUACGCUACUAAAUUAAUUUCAUUGUCCCCAGAUAAUGAACAGGAAAUGGAUCGCUUAAAGAGCUAUAUAUUACCCUUACAAAAAGAGAAAGACUCGUUUUUUACAUCCCACCUUGUCGUUUUAAUGGAAAUUUUCAAAUAUUUCCCAAACAUUCUUGAGGAAUCCUCAAUAGACAUUGUCAGCUACCUUAUAAAGGAAGUUUUACUGACAAAUUCUGUUGUUGGUGUUAUUGAUAACGAGCUUGAAUGGGUAAACGAUCUUGUUCUGAAUGACUCAAAAUCCGGAGAUUAUUUAUCAUUGACUCCAAAAAUAUAUACAUUAAAGCUAUUCACCAACAAGUUAAGAUCGAUCGCUGAUAAAGUGGAAGAUGACAAAUUAUCAAAUAGUUUUGCUCAGAAGAUUGUCAAACUAUUCUUUUAUUUAAUAGCAAGUGGUGGUGAACUUGUUCCUGAGACUAAUGAAGAAAAUUAUCCAACACCAGAGAGCUUUCAAAAGAGAUUAAGACUUACAGCAGGGUCACAGUUACUAAAGCUUGCAAAAAUAUCAAAUCUAAACGAUUUUGUCAGAUCAUCUGAUGUCAUAAAGUUAAUAAACUUGGUUGAAGAUGAGUCGCUCCCAGUCAGGAAAAUUUUCUUAGAUAAACUUAACGACUACAUUGGUAAUGAAUUGAUUUCCAUCAAGUUUUUACCUUUGGUAUUUUUCACUGCUUAUGAACCAGAUAAAGAACUGAAGGCAGCUACUAAGACAUGGAUCAAUUAUACGGUUAAUAAGGAAUCAUUUAAAAAGGGUACAUUCUUUGAAAGAGUCUUACCUCGUUUGAUCCACGCCAUUGCACACCACCCAGAUAUUGUCGACGGCUUGGAUGCUAAGGAAACCGAUGAAGAUGAAUUUAGAAAUGCUUUGACUACUGCUGUUGAUUAUCUAAUUUUUUACUUUGAUUCGAUUGCUGCUCAAGACAAUUUUAACCUACUUUAUUAUUUAUCUGAGAGAGUCAAGAAUUAUCAAGACCACGUAUCCGAAGAGACUGACGAAACUGAAGGUGCUCAGGAUAAUAAUGCUACAGAGAAUACUCAUUCUAGUGAUAAGAUGUAUAUGAUCAGUGAGUUAUCUCAAAUGAUAUUGUUACAGUUGAAAGAGAAAAGAAACUGGCAACAUUCACCAUAUCCUGGUAAGUUAAAUCUACCAAGUGAUUUAUUCAAACCGUUCCUUUCUUUGGAAGAAGCCAGAACAUCAUUUAAGACCUAUAUUGAUGAAAAAUACAUCGAGUCCUUGAAAUCUAAUAUCAAGAUUAAAGUUGGAAAGAUUGUUCAUGCAUCUCAAACUCAAAGGCAAAGGGCCCAGAAAAAACUGCUUGCUAGCGAAUAUAAUCAAAAUUCUGACAAAAAUAAAAAGAAUACGAAGAGAUCACAGAGAAAAAGAGGUCGUCACGAUAUUGACAACGACGACGACGAUAUGUCUGAUGAGAAUAAAACCCCAUCAAGUGUACCUGUUAGAAAGAGUUCUAGAAGGAUAAGAAAAAUUAAUUAUAAGGAUGAUUCCGAUGAUUCCGAUUAA